ACAGCGACGAUAACAUCGCUCAUAUUGCGCUUCUGUUACACCAUCGUGUAUUUAUCUCAGGCUUAUCGUUAAUUACCCUCAUUCAUCCUCCAUCUCGGUCAGUGUUUCAGCACUGCCGCAUCGGUGCCUGUGCAUGUGAGUAGCGGGAGUGCCGCAGGACACCGCACUUGAGAUCCGCACCGUACGUCACGCUACAGGACAUUCGUCUCCACUCUCCAAUACAACCACAACAUGAGUCGGAGCUUCAGCCCUGACAUCUGAGGCCGGAGCACGGGUCUCGACCACCGCAGUAUCGGGACUGUCAGAUUCCGUUUCGCGGACGACAUCACGCGCUGAGCCUGAAUGUCAAAAAGCUCGGCAGAAAGACAGAGCAGGGGCGGCUCCGUCCGAGACGUGAGGAUGGCCUCUUCCAACAAUACCUCACCCGAAGGAGGCUCUCCACCCCACCAGAACCGCAUCCGCCAGUCGGACAGUAACACCAGCUUCCUGAGGGCAGCCAGGGCAGGUAAUGUUGAAAAGGUGCUGGAGUUCCUCAAGAGCGGACAGGACAUUUCCACAUGCAACCAGAAUGGACUCAAUGCGCUUCAUCUAGCAGCCAAAGAGGGUCACGUGGAGCUGGUGGAGGAACUUGUGGAGAGGGGUGCGACCGUGGACUCUUCAACCAAGAAAGGGAACACAGCAUUGCACAUUGCUUGUCUAGCUGGGCAGAAAGAAGUUGCGAAGUUGUUGGUGAAAAGAGGAGCAGAUGUAAACUCGCAAUCACAGAAUGGCUUCACUCCACUUUAUAUGGCUGCUCAAGAGAAUCACCUGGAUGUUGUGCAAUAUCUUCUGGAGAAUGGUGGAAACCAGAGCAUGGCCACAGAGGAUGGCUUCACUCCUCUGGCCAUUGCUCUGCAGCAGAGUCAUAAUCAGGUGGUCUCUCUGCUGCUGGAACAUGACACAAAAGGUAAAGUCCGCCUGCCUGCGCUCCACAUCGCUGCCCGCAAGGAUGACACCAAGUCUGCUGCUUUGCUGCUUCAGAACGACCAUAAUGCUGAUGUCCAGUCUAAGAUGAUGGUCAACAGGACUACAGAGAAUGGAAAGAGUGGCUUCACUCCUCUGCAUAUUGCUGCUCACUACGGUAACGUUAAUGUGGCCACGCUGCUGCUCAACAGAGGGGCUGCUGUAGACUUCACAGCCAGGAAUGGUAUAACCCCUCUUCAUGUGGCCUCCAAACGAGGAAAUACAAACAUGAUUGCUCUGCUGUUAGACAGGGGGGCUCAGAUUGACACCAAGACCAGGGAUGGGCUGACACCACUGCACUGUGCAGCCAGAAGUGGACAUGACACUGCAGUGGAAAUCCUGCUUGAAAGAGGAGCUCCCAUACUGGCACGGACCAAGAAUGGCCUUUCCCCGCUGCACAUGUCUGCUCAGGGUGAUCACGUCGAGUGUGUGAAACACCUGCUGCAACACAAGGCACCGGUUGAUGAUGUCACACUGGACUACCUGACCGCCCUUCAUGUUGCCGCCCACUGUGGUCACUACAGAGUCACAAAAUUACUACUGGAUAAGAAAGCGAAUCCUAAUGCCAGAGCACUGAAUGGCUUCACUCCUCUGCAUAUUGCCUGCAAAAAGAACAGAGUGAAAGUCAUGGAACUGCUGGUUAAAUAUGGAGCCUCAAUUCAAGCUGUCACUGAGUCCGGCCUGACCCCAAUCCAUGUUGCAGCAUUUAUGGGGCACCUCAAUAUUGUUCUCCUGCUGCUACAGAAUGGAGCCUCACCUGAUGUCUGUAAUAUUCGUGGCGAGACGGCAUUGCACAUGGCUGCAAGGGCAGGACAGAUGGAGGUGGUGCGAUGUUUGCUAAGGAACGGCGCUUUGGUGGAUGCCAUGGCCAGAGAGGACCAGACACCCCUUCACAUUGCGUCACGUCUGGGUCAGACAGAGAUUGUGCAGCUGUUACUGCAGCACAUGGCUCAUCCUGACGCUUCCACCAUUAAUGGAUACACACCUCUGCACAUCUCCGCUCGUGAAGGUCAGGUGGAGACAGCUGCAGUGCUGCUGGAGGCUGGAGCAUCUCACUCACUCACCACCAAGAAAGGCUUCACUCCUCUACAUGUUGCUGCUAAAUAUGGUAGUCUGGAUGUGGCAAAACUCCUCCUUCAGCAGAGAGCACUUCUUGAUGAUGCUGGAAAGUACGGUCUCACACCACUGCAUGUAGCUGCUCACUAUGAUAACCAGCAGGUGGCGAUGAUGCUCUUGGAUAAAGGAGCCUCACCUCAUGCUACUGCUAAGAAUGGCUAUACACCUCUCCACAUUGCAGCUAAGAAGAACCAGACACAGAUCGCCUCUGCGCUGCUUCAGUAUGGAGCAGAGACCAAUGCAUUGACCAAACAGGGAGUGAGUCCUUUACACCUGGCAUCCCAAGAGGGGCACACAGAGAUGGCCUCCCUGCUGCUGGAGAGGGGUGCACAUGUCAAUGCUGCCACUAAGUGUGGUCUUACACCUCUACACCUCGCUGCUCAGGAGGACAGAGUGCAGGUGGCUGAAAUACUGGUCAAACACGAUGCAAACGUAGACCAGCAGACCAAAUUGGGCUACACUCCUCUUAUUGUUGCCUGUCACUAUGGAAAUGUCAAAAUGGUUAAUUUCCUUUUGCAAAAUGGCGCUAAUGUCAAUGCAAAAACUAAGAAUGGCUACACGCCACUUCACCAAGCUGCUCAGCAGGGAAAUACGCACAUUAUCAAUGUCCUGCUGCAGCAUGGAGCCAAGCCUAACGCAGUCACUAUGAAUGGGAACACAGCACUCUCUAUUGCUAAGCGUCUGGGGUACAUCUCAGUGGUGGACACUCUGAAAGUUGUUACUGAGGAAAUAAUCACAACGACAACCACGGUGACAGAGAAACACAAGCUGAACGUUCCAGAGACAAUGACAGAAGUUCUGGAUGUGUCUGAUGAGGAGGGUGAGGACACAAUGACAGGUGAUGGAGGGGAAUACCUGAGAGCAGAGGACCUGAGAGAGCUUGGUGAUGACUCUCUACCUGGGCACUACCUGGACAACAUGAGCUACACUCAUAACUUAGACCGGUCCCAUGAGACCCCCAGUCAUCUUGCUUACAGGGGUGAAGGAAUGCUGAUUGAGGAUAUGAUCACCAGCCACCAGCUUAAUAAGGUUUCUGCAUUCUCUCGAGAACAUGAGUCAUAUCGACUGAGCUGGGGUGCUGAACAUCUGGAUAAUGUGGUGCUAACUAGCACUCUUCUGCAGUCAGGCCGAUCCACCCCAUGCCUUGACAAUGACAACAGCAGCUUCCUGGUCAGUUUCAUGGUGGAUGCCCGUGGUGGAGCCAUGCGUGGCUGUCGUCACAAUGGACUACGCAUUAUUGUGCCACCUAGAAAGUGCUCAGCACCUACACGGGUCACAUGUCGUCUGGUGAAGAGGCACAGGCUGGCCUCUAUGCCCCCUAUGGUGGAGGGAGAGGGGCUCGCAGGCAAGCUCAUUGAAGUUGGACCCACCGGAGCCCAGUUUCUUGGUAAACUCCACCUCCCAACAGCCCCUCCUCCUCUUAAUGAGGGUGAAAGUCUUGUCAGCAGAAUUCUGCAGCUGGGUCCACCCGGCACCAAAUUCCUCGGGCCUGUGAUAGUGGAGAUCCCCCACUUUGCUGCAUUGCGUGGGACAGAGAGGGAGUUGGUGAUUCUGCGCAGUGAGACAGGAGAGAGCUGGAGAGAACAUUACUGUGAGCAUACAGAAGAGGAGCUGAAUCAGAUACUCAAUGGCAUGGACGAGGAACUGGACACUCCUGAGGAGCUGGAGAAAAGGCGAAUCUGCCGCAUCAUCACACGGGAUUUCCCACAAUACUUUGCAGUGGUGUCCCGCAUUAAGCAGGACAGUCAUCUGAUCGGUCCAGAGGGUGGGGUGUUAAGCAGCAUACUUGUUCCACAGGUCCAGGCUGUGUUCCCAGAGGGAGCAUUGACUAAACGGAUACGCGUUGGGCUACAGGCCCAGCCAAUCAGUGAGGAUCUGGUGAGGAAGAUCUUGGGUAAUAAGGCUACAUUCAGCCCAAUUGUUACUUUGGAGCCCAGAAGACGCAAGUUUCACAAGCCCAUCACCAUGACUAUUAUUGUCCCUAAAAGCCCAACCAGUGACGGGACAAGCAGUACCCCCACUCUACGACUAUUAUGUAGCAUUACUGGUGGGACGACUCCAGCACAAUGGGAGGACAUAACUGGAUCCACACCGCUAACAUUCAUCAACCAGUGUGUUUCAUUUACCACUAAUGUGUCAGCAAGGUUCUGGCUUAUAGAUUGCCGUCAGAUCCAGGAGGCUGUGAACUUCUCCAGUCAGCUGUAUCGUGAGAUCAUCUGUGUUCCCUAUAUGGCCAAGUUUGUCAUCUUCGCCAAGACAUUGGACCCUAUAGAAGCACGACUCCGCUGCUUCUGUAUGACGGAUGAUAAGAUGGAUAAAACUCUGGAGCAGCAGGAGAACUUCACUGAAGUGGCUCGUAGUCGAGAUAUCGAGGUUCUAGAGGGAAAGCCAAUCUUUGCAGACUGCUUUGGAAAUUUGGUCCCACUGACCAAAAGUGGACAGCACCAUGUGUUCAGCUUCUAUGCCUUUAAGGAAAACCGUCUUUCUCUCUUUAUCAAAAUUCGUGACAGCACUCAAGAACCAUGUGGCAGAUUGUCUUUUACAAAAGAACCAAGAACAUAUCGCAGUCUAAACCACAAUGCAAUAUGCAACCUGAACAUCUGCCUACCUGUUUACUCAAAGGAAUCUGAUUCUGACCAAGAUGCAGAUGAUGAGAGUGAGAAGACACAUGAGCAAUAUUAUGAUGGAUCUGAGUCAACAGAGCUUUCCAUGCUGCAAAUCAUACAUGAUCCUGCAACACUCGCAAGUCCAGAUCUACUUUCAGAGGUUUCUGAAAUGAAGCAGGACCUGAUUAAAGUGUCAGUCCUUCUGACCUCUGAAAAGUCAGAAAAAUCGUGCUCCUCUGAUGCCGGAGAGCGAUCAGACAAGGCUGGGGACGAGGAAGUGGAUGAGCCAUUUGAAAUUGUUGAAAAAGUGAAAGAAGACUUAGAGAAGGUAGAAGAGAUUCUUCGUGACAGAACAAUGGAUGAUACAAAAGGAGGAGUUGCUAUUAUGAGAUCUGUAACCAUUGAUGAUGAGGAGUGGGUCCUUCUCAGUGUGACAGAUGUUGCGGAAUCCAAAAGCAAAAAUAUCACUGAAGUCCAAGAGGCACUCGUUCAGGAAGUUCGAAUCACAAGAGACAUUAUAUCCAAUUCUCCUCCUCAGAGGGAUAUUUCAGGUAUGAUUUCAUAUCUCAGCAGUGACUUAGAACAGUGUCUGCAGGAAACGCCUGUACCGUUUAAUGAUUCGCAAGAUGAGGAUAGUGUUCAAGAAAGUUUUAAAGAGGUUGUUGUGACACGUGGUAAACACCGUCCAGCAGGAAUCAAAAAGCCAGCAAGGAAAAAGCGUAAAGAGAGGGAGUUUGCAAGCGGCAGUUCAGAGGAUGACUUGGAAAGUAUGAGUAGGAGUCAGUCUGAGGAGUCUCUUGAUGAAGAUGCAGUUAUCGGUGGAUCUGAACCUGUCUUUGGACCUGUUCCUGUGUCUCCCAGAGUUGUAGAAACUCCGAUUGGAUCCAUUAAGGACAGGGUUAAUGCACUGCAGAAGAAGGUUGAAGAAGAGAAUGAGGUGGACAGUCAAAAGUGGAAAUCCCAAAAUGUCAGUACUUCCCAGAGUAAGCCAUAUGUCACAGAGACAGAAAAAUCAGCCAAGCUUCUUCCAAAAUCCCUCAGAUCCCCAAAGUCACAGACGGAACGGCUAGAGGAAACUAUGUCUGUAAGAGAGCUGAUGAAGGCUUUUCAGACUGGCCAGGAUCCAUCGAAAAGCAAGUCUGGACUUUUUGAACAUAAAGCAGUUAUGACUGUAACCUCUGAAGCAGCACGUUCUGAUGUGAUACAAGUUCCCCCAACAUAUGAUAGCCAAAUGACACUACCAACUCAACGUUUACAAGAAAGAACAAUUACAAAUGUAACCUCUGAAAUGCCAAGUCCUAAUGUGGUGCAGAUUUCCCCAAUAUAUGGUAGCCAAAUGACAGCAACAACUCAACAUUUACAAGAAAGAACAAUUACAACUGUAACCUCUGAAAUGCCAAGUCCUAAUGUGGUGCAGAUUCCCCCAGUAUAUGGUAGCCAAAUGACAGCAACAACUCAACAUUUACAAGAAAGAACAAUUACAACUGUAACCUCUGAAAUGCCAAGUCCUAAUGUGGUGCAGAUUCCCCCAACAUAUGGUAGCCAAAUGACAGCAACAACUCAACAUUUACAAGAAAGAGCAAUUACAACUAUUCCCUCUGAAGCAAGUUCUGAUGUGAAGCAGGUUCCUCCAACAUAUGAUAACCAAAUUCCAGAAUCAACCCAGCAUUUACAAGAAACAAUUGUAGUAGAAAACAAGAUCCUUCAAGAAUCAUCACAUAUUGACCAAAACACAAUUCAGCAUAAACCAGUGAUCGAUGAUGGUGAAGCAGUACAUGAAAAACCACUAACGAUCAUCCAAAUCGAAGGUGAUCAUGCUGUAACUUCCAACAUUAUUUUUAACUUUGAAGAGAAAAGCUCUCCAGAAGACCUGCUCGGUAAACAUACAGCAAAUGACCAAAAUGGAAAACCAUUACAGGAACCAGAAACUGUGGAAAAACAAAUAUGUUCUGAACUAUUAAGUAACGAAGACCCGCGGUUGAUAUGUGAGAGAAUGUAUUAUGAAAAUAACAUCUACCAGAACAGGAGAUUGUCUGUGGAACCUCAGAUCAGCCCAGACAGGAAACCAUCAGAGGAUUUCAGUGCAGAUAUUAAGGCAGAACUUGAGGAAAAUCCUGAAUAUCUGCUCUUUAGGCGAACUUCAGGUGAAGCAAGUAAACAUUAUUUAAUGUGUAGUGAUGGCCUUUCUUUGGAAGAUGAGGAGCAGAUACACCAGGCAGCAGUGGAUCCAAGUAAAUCAAACAUAAUCACUGCAUUUGCUACUGCAAUGGUGCAAGGUGAACCCUUACGUCAAAGUGAAAUACAUGAUGGAGCAUUGGAAGAAAGUCAUGAUAGUGACAAACACGAGGCCUUAGCAGACUCUCCUGGCAAUAGUAUAGGGACAAGGACUCCUCACUCCAGCACAGGUGACAGUGAGAAACAUUUGGGACUUGCUGAAACCCCUCAAAAUAGUCCGGAAGUCCUUGUUUUUUCUUCCAGUACAACUAGUAAAGAAACAGAAGACAGAUAUCCAGGGGACCAGGAGACAAUUCACCAAUCAAGUUCGACAUCACAUGAAAGAGCGGAGAGUGACAAGAGUGAAUUAUGUUCAGUAACCUCCAUAAAAAUCAAGACUGAAUCACCUUAUGAUUCUAAGAUUGAAUCAUCUUCUCCAUCCACCAAUAUUGAGUCACCGUCUUCUGCUAAUUCAAAGACAAUAGUUCAAAAUAUAAUUCAAGUUAUGAAAUUAGAGAGUGAAAUAUCAGCACAUAAUAUGAAAAGUGAUUAUACCUGUAAAGAUAGCAUGAAGCUGAUCAAAUCAGAUGUAAUUACUGAGUCUGAGAAGAUACCACAAUAUAGCCAUCACAGUCAAGAUGCACCAGAGAGACCUUCUAGUUUGGAUUCUCUGCAGCCUGCAACCAUGAGUGAUACUAAAACUCUCUGUAGAAUAGACUCGCUUGAGACUACUCCCAUCAGAGAAGAUGGAUCAUCCCAAAAAUCCCCAGACUCUAUUGAGCCAAGCCCAACCAAGGAGUCCCCAUGUCAAGACUCUUUAGAGGGAAGUCCCACUGGUCAAGAAUCUGGUCAGCUGAGUUACACUGAAAGGGUCUUCUCAACAAGUCAGGCUUUAAUUUCUGACUCUGGGGGAAAAGAAUUAAUUUCUAAACAAAACAUUUAUUUAGAAAGUGAGUCAUCCCAAGGUACCCAUGAUACCUUAGAUAUGCAGUACAUUUCCAUGACCCUGGAGCAAAAAGAAAAGGUGAUUGACAGUGGGGAUCUUUAUGACUUUGAUGCUUUACAAAGGCAAUUCACUCCAGAAGAAGAGAUGUUUAAGAUGGCUGCAAAGAUCAAAACAUUUGAUGAAAUGGAAAAGGAUGCAAAAGUUAAAAAGGUAAAAUUUGAUUUUGAUUGUGGUUCUAAACAACCAAAAGAGGAAGAAGUGCUGUCACCACAUAAAAGUUCACUAGACUUUAACACAAUGUUUACCAUAACAUCAGAAGAGCAGUACUUGGAGAACCCUGCUGAAUCUUGUCCAGUAUUUCCCUUACAUUCCUCAUUGUCAGAUGAUGAUUAUGACAGUCCUGAAUCAACUCACAAGGUCUCAGGAGAAACCACUGAGGUUUUAGAGACCACAGACAAAAUGGAGGAGGUGCAUGCUCAUUUAAAGAUUGUUGAUUUACAGACAUGCAUAGACAUUCCAUCUAUGCAAACACAUGUAGAGAACGAGGAGGAAGGCUAUGAACAGUUACCUUCAGAGUACCAUAGUAUAGUGAUUGGUGAGACUACAACUAAGGAGGAUCUCAUUAUUACAUCAGCAGAGAGCAAAAUGGGCAUUGAGAAGGAUGGUGAUGUUGAAUCUACUGGUGAGAGCACAACUUCUGAAAAAGUGCUUUCUCCCAUCGACAAUGUAGGUGCCACCACUGUUGCAAAGGAAGUGCAGGAUGAAUCCCAGCCAGAUGUAUGUAUUUAUCAAAAGGACAAUGAAGAGAAGCCAGAAGAAAUCCCACUGUCUAUUCCAAGAGACUUGGUUCCCUGGAGUGCUGAAGUGGAAGACGAUGAGGCAUUCGAUGCAAAAAUUGAGGCUGAGGAGCAGAAAAUACUUGCUUUGUGUAUAGACAGACGUUCCCAUGGAACCACACCUGACACAACUCCAGGACGAACCCCUACUGAAGAGGGGACACCAAAUCCUUUCCUCUUCCAAGAGGGAAAGCUAUUUGAGAUGACCAGAGGUGGCGCUAUUGACAUGACCAAAAGGACCAUGGAGGAAGAAGAAGAAAGGUUAGUCUUUUUUCCGAUAAAUGAAGAUCCAAGUGAAGAAUUUGAGCAAGUCAAUUUCAUUGCUAGUGAGUCUGUUGCAAUAGCUUCAUUUGAGAUGCCUACAGAUGGUUUAGUUCAUCAAGACAGACUCACUGAGGAACCUGAUGGCUUUAGUAAAACUGGAACCAAACGUGUUCAACCAGAACAUCCAGAACAGAAUGAUUUUCCUAUCCAAAGUGAACCAAAGAGUCCCACAGAGGAUAAUGGAAUCUGUGAAGACACAUUAAUACCGAAUGUUGACACUGCCACUUAUACAGUAACACGAACAGUUUAUUCUGAGCAAGACCCGGAAUCCUCUGACUCUUCAGUGGAAGAUGAACAGCAUUCUGUUGUUGAAAUGCCCAUAUCCACCCAAGUAUCUACAAUUUCCCCUAGUGCCUCAGUUCAUACUGUUAGUCAACAACAAUUCCAGACAUCACCUUCAAUGUACACUCCAUCCAAAGACCUUGUUGCUGAAAUUGAAGACACAACAUCUAAACCAAAAAUAGCUUUAAAAGCAGCCAGCUUUGACCAAGUUCUAGGACAAGGGGACUCCAUUGAACAGAAUCAAAGGCCUAAAUCUGUAGCAGAUAUUGGUGACUCAGAAUGGUCCAUGUCUGUUGUAGAUGAUCACACUAAAAUAGACAGCAGCUACACCAAACCAAAGACUUCAUCCUCCCAGAUGCCUGUUUCACCGACACAGUCUCCUAACCUACAGUAUGCUGUAUCCAGUCAGCCUGAACUUCCUGCUGAAUUCUCUCAGGAUUUGGACUCUUCAAGGAGCACAGAGCGUGAUAAAACCAAAGGAGACAGAGCCUCUGUUGAGUUCGGGAUAGAAAGCAGUUUGAAAGCAAAUCGACCCCCGUCUGUAGGCGAUGAUGUCUUUGAGUCAAGGCCCAACUGGGAAGAUUGUGUGGAGACACAGAUGCAGAGAAUCUCAGACAGCACUACCCCAGACCAAAGUAAAGUGGACUGGCAUGAUGAUGCAGAUAGGAAAGAAGAGACUUUGGCCAUCAUUGCUGACCUUCUAGGUUUUAGUUGGACAGAGCUGGCCAAAGAGUUGGAGUUCUACGAAGAUGAGAUUCAGCAAGUGCGUGCUGAAAACCCAAAUUCACUACAAGAGCAGAGUCAUGCUCUUUUACAGUGCUGGGUAGAGAGAGAAGGAAAGCAUGCAACUGAAGAUACAUUGAUUAAAAGACUCACUAAAAUAAAUCGCAUGGACAUUGUCCAUCUUAUUGAGAUCCAAAUGCACAAGUCAUUUCAGGAGCAAACCUCAAGAACAUAUGCAGAGAUUGAAAGGACCCUGGACCACAGUGAAGCUCUCUCCUCAGUCCAAGAGGAUGGUGACAGUCUUCGGGUGGUGCGGAGAGUGGAGACUUCACAAAGGCAUCCUCCAGCUGUGUCAGAAGAAGACUUAUCUGUGGCCUCUCUCCUUGACAUUCCAUCGUGGGCUGAAACAAUGGGAAACACCCAUUCAGAGAGCAUUCAUGGGGAUAUGAUCGAAGAAUUGGAGAUCAACCAGGACAGCUUCACCAAUCCAUGGCUGUUUCAAGAGAUCAAAAAAGAAUCUACAAAGGAAGAUGCAGAUGAAGAAGAGAUUGAUGAGGCAUUAGGUGUGCUGUCGGAUAGCUCUGACGAGGAUGUGGUGACCACCAGAGUGGUGCGAAGGAGAAUAAUUAUUCAGGGUGAUGAUGUUCCAGAUGUUCCUCCACAGUCUGUAAGAGAAGAGCAAUACACAGAUGCACAGGGAAACUUGGUUAUGAAGAAGGUGACCAGGAAGGUCAUUCGACGAUGUGUGUCAUCUGAUGGGGUGGAGACAGAGAAGGUGAGGAUGGAGGGCUCCCCCCAGCAGCCUGUCAAUGUGGCACCAGGGGAUGGAUACUCAAAAGUAAUAAAAAGGACAGUACUGAAGAGCGAAGGACAUCAGACAGAGGUGACUUUCCAUGAGCAAGAUGGCAUGUCAUCUUCCAAGGGUGAAUCUGCUCUAGGUCAAGAGGUCAGACAGGUGGUCCAGACAAUGAUGGUACAUGGAGAACAGCUGGAAAAGCAUGAGGGGGAUCCUUAUCUUGCCUCAGACCUGCCCUCAGCCCGGGAGGAUUUCACCCAGGACGAGGAUGCAGAAGUCUAGGACCCACAGGAGAUCAGUAGUGAGGGAUGCUGGGGGACAGAAGCAGGUGUGCGUGGAGCAGAUAGACGAUCGGUCUGAGCCCCAUGACAACCUACAGCAUCACCUCCAUCACCUCAUUCACCACUACUGUGCCCAAAACGACUGAGAGGAAGAGAGGGAGGAAGCCAGAGAAGUCCGAUUGAUGGUUUCCCCCUUAAUUUUCCUCUCCCUAUCUCCAUCGCUUCUCUCUUUGAGCCUGUCUGCUCUCCUAACCACUCCUAUGCACCAUGCUCAUGCAAUCCCAGAGUGCACUUCACUCCUGCCACUUCCAGUCUUCCUGUCCAGUCAAACUGGAUGUUUGCCCAGUUUAAGUAAAUGGACAAUAUUUUCCUCUCUCCUUAUUUUCCCCAGUUUACCACAAGUGUUUAUCUAUUUCUGUCCUUCAUUGUGACCAAAUGGUGUUCUUUCCUUUCCUUUCCUUUCCUUUCCUUUGCUUUUUAAAUCCCUCAGUUAUAACACCAAUGAGCACACACACACAAAAAUCACAAUAACCAAAAACGUUUUUAUCAAAAGAGAGAGAGAAAAAAAAAGUCCUGGUCAUUCAUACUCAGAACAUUUAAGCUUGAACUAACAGAACCUGUACUGCACUGCCUACCACAACUAUUGAAUAUCGUUGCAUUAUAUCACCACAUCAUGACAUGCUAUUUUGAUCUCAGCGGUUGAGAUGUCUGAAAACUUCUUGCCUUCUUUAUCAGCUGUUGGGGUAUCGUGUGUCUGUGUAUUCUAUCCAUGGAGAGUAUAUAUAAUAUGCAUUUUUAAAAUGACAGUAGAUCACAUUAGCCACCUGUAAGGAUAUUAGCAGGCAUGCUUAGCUAGCAGCAGUCACUUAUUAAUAAGACUUUCUGUGGUUAGACGACUGUCAUUUUUCUGUUUCUCUUUGUGUCUGUGAUCUGUAGCAAUUCUAGUCGUCAUCAUCAUCACAUUUCAGUGCAGCUUUUUGUUGUAAUAGAACACAUUAACAUGCGCUUUAUGGUUUUAAACUCACUUUAGCAAGCGUUUCAAGAGGGACUCAGGAAGCAAAGGUGGAAUCAAAUUCAAGUAAUCAGUUACACACAUUCUAUUUUUAUCUGAAUUUAUUCAUUUCUUUACGUAUGUGUUUUUGAGUGUGUGUGCGUGUGA